CGGUUGUCCGUUCAUUCUGGCUACGCACCUGCAAGGAAAUGUCAAUUUUCCCAGCUAUCAAUUGACGCCCUCGGUAAAUCCGUUAAUGAACCUAUGCAAUAGUCAUCCUCGGAAACCCAAGACAUCUCAAUUUGCAUCAAUUUGACGGACGUCCUCGCCUUAAUUAGCGCGUUGCCUUUUCAAGGGUAAACAACAAACACCAUGAUGAACUUGAUUCCACUUGCUGUAAUUUGUCUCUUGAGACUAGUUUCUAGUGUUUAUUGUAAAGAAGUUGAAACGAGUUUCGUAAAAAACGCAUACAUUUUGUCUACCACGACAAGYCUGAACACUAACCGUACAAGACUUGAAAUACGCUUCAAAACUAUCAAUCCUUCAGCAAUCUUGCUGUACACAGAGGGCAAUSAUGGGGAUUAUAUUGCUGUUUUGUUGAAGUUUGGAAAAGUUAGAGUUGUCAUGAGUCAUGCAUACUCUCAAGAAGUACUAGAUAUCCUGCUUGGACUUAACCUCUGUGAUGGACAGUGGCACUUAAUAAAGAUUACUCARAACACUGAAACCCGAGUGAAUAUCAACCUUGAUAAUAUGAAGUAUCGCUACAAUGCCAAAGGUAGAGCUGAUGUUGGUCUUCAAACUUUCAUUGCUGACAUWGACCACACCAAAACAUUAAUGUUCAGUGAUUUGAAGUCCAUUCCAAGUUUCCAGGGCUGUCUUUCCAAAGCAUCWCUUAAUGGCAGGAAUAUUCUUCUUGGGACUGCCAAAGGAGUAAAGUACUUUGGGGCCAUUUCAAGAGGCUGCAUCAAUACAGACGUUAAAGACUUAAUUAGUUUUACUCAUCCUUCCUCUUUUUUAAAAAUCCCAAAGAUUAACCAGACAAGUUUGAAGAUCAAGUUCAAUUUUCGUACUUAUGGUGACAGAGGAAAGUUGCUAACAGGUCAGGGAGAAAACGCCCUUGUGUUCAUUACUCUUGACUCUGCCAGGAUAGUCUUAAAGGUUCGUAUUGUUGAGGGGGACAGGRAUGAAGAAAUACAAUUUGAAAUAGGAGAAAAACUUUCAGAUGGCAAUUGGCAUAGUGUUGAGCUAACAUUUAAAGACAACGGAUUGUCACUGAGGAUGGAUACUGGAGAGAUGGUUAACUGGGCCGUCCCAAACAGCUURAAAGAAACCUUAAGGUUUCAAAGUUGGCUAUUUGGUAAUUCGGUAAAUGACAAUUUUGUUGGCUGCUUGAACAAUCUUGUAAUUAACGGCGUGAAAGAAAACGGGAAGAAUUCCUCGCACUAUGGCGUAAAGCUUGGCGAAUGCAAAGUUCAAAACCACUGUUUUCCAAAUCCAUGCUAUAAUGGAGGAGUUUGCCGWGUACAUUACCAAUCGUAUAUUUGCAAAUGCAGCAAUAUGUAUACUGGGGUACAAUGUACACAUCCGCUSUUCAGAUCGACUUGUCAAGAAUACGUUAAACUYGGGCUAGACAGCAACUCAUCAUGCUUUGUUCAACCUGAACAAAAUKCCACCACGGAAAACAAACCCUUCCAAGUCCAUUGCRACACAUCAAACCCAAGAAAUCCAGCAACUCUUGUGGCCAAUACAAAAACAAGAAUGAGCAGUGAUCACAAAAGUCUUUCAGGAUUUUCAUUCGACAGAAUAGAUUAUCGGGCAAGCUUCACAGAGCUAAAAACGUUGGUGUCUGCCAGUAGAAGUUGUCGCCAGUUUAUGCGAGUAAUWUACAACCAAAARGCAGCACUAGGGAUAAAYAUGGUCUUCUUGAUAUCAGCAAAAAGAAAUCGYCAGCCAAUUCCUUUUACAGAUUAUGGUUAUUUGACAAAGAAGAACUUGCUWCCAGUUGUUGGAGUUCAAUUUCUAAAAGGUGUGUCAUACUACCUUGGUGCAUUGGAAUGCUACGGAACAAGAAAACCAUCCUUUCCCCUACCAUCUUCGGUAAACGUUGUUAAUCUGGUGAAGAAGGUUUGUAAGCCUUGGAGCACGGUUUCAGACAAAGAUUUUUACUUUGAUGAGGACGCCACUCCGACAAGUACCAUCCGAACAUCUAAAKAUUCUUCAUCAAAARCAUUACAUAACUCUGUACUUCUGUCGAAAACCCCARCGCCRGCUGAAACUACAGUGACGUCACAUAGUGAUGUAACGAGCAUGACGUCCCUAGUGACGUCAUAUAGCGACGCAAUCCACAUGACGUCACAAGGAGCCAAAACAUCGAGCGAGCAGGGUUUUUUGUUAUGGUAUGUCGCUAUAAUCGUGGUGGCUGCGCUGAUCUUCAUGCUCGUCUUGUUUGUCACUGUUCUUGCUAAAGUUAAAAGGGCAACCAGCAAGAAAAGAGCACACCAAAAGCUGAGCAUCACGGGAAGGCUGUCUUUAUCAGACACAGGACUACCAGAGUCCGACCUCUGGAUGAAAGUUAAUGCUGCUGGCUAUGACGUCAAGACAGGCAAAAUCACUUACAGUGAGAUGUAUGGUGGACCUCGCUAUGAUAGUUAAGAUUCAUCUCUUCGCUGUGGUUAUGUUUUCUUCAGUUGUGUUUUCCACUAGAUUGGAUCCGAUUCAAACGAAAGACGCUCAGUUGGAUUGGUAGACGUUUGUGAACUCGCCAAAAUGUUAAGUUAAUUUGAGACUUUCUGUAAGUUAUUGAAGUUGAUAUUUAUUACUAUAAGUUAAAGUGAGUCGCAUAUGGUAACUCGUAGACGCUGCAGCACAGGG